UGCAGCACUGCAGAAUCCACACCUAGAGAACGGAAGACACAGACACACACGUCUACCCUGGACACAAGGAAGCUGUGGAUCUUCAGAGGAUAACAAGGGGAAUCCACAGACUUGAAACAUGAGUUCGGAUGCCAGCCAAGGUGUGAUCACUACUCCUCCUCCUCCCAGCAUGCCUCACAAAGAGAGAUAUUUUGACCGCAUCAAUGAAAAUGACCCAGAAUAUAUUAGGGAGAGAAAUAUGUCUCCUGAUCUACGACAGGACUUCAAUAUGAUGGAGCAGAGGAAACGAGUUACUCAGAUCCUUCAAAGUCCUGCCUUUCGGGAAGACCUGGAAUGCCUUAUUCAAGAACAGAUGAAGAAAGGCCACAACCCAACUGGAUUAUUAGCAUUACAACAGAUAGCAGAUUACAUCAUGGCUAAUUCUUUCUCGGGCUUUUCUUCACCUCCCAUCAGUCUUGGCAUGGUCACACCUAUCAAUGACCUACCUGGUGCAGAUACAUCCUCAUAUGUGAAGGGAGAAAAACUUACUCGAUGUAAGCUUGCCAGCCUGUACAGACUUGCAGACUUGUUUGGAUGGGCACACCUGGCAAAUACAUAUAUCUCAGUAAGAAUAAGUAAGGAGCAAGAUCACAUUAUAAUAAUUCCCAGAGGCCUAUCUUUUUCUGAAGCCACAGCCUCCAAUUUGGUGAAAGUCAAUAUAAUAGGAGAAGUGGUUGACCAGGGAAGUACUAAUUUGAAAAUUGACCAUACAGGGUUCAGUCCCCAUGCUGCAAUCUAUUCAACACGUCCUGAUGUUAAGUGUGUGAUACACAUCCACACCCUUGCAACAGCAGCUGUAUCCUCCAUGAAGUGUGGGAUCCUUCCAAUUUCUCAAGAGUCCCUCAUCCUGGGAGAUGUCGCCUAUUAUGACUACCAAGGGUCACUUGAUGAACAAGAGGAGAGAAUUCAACUGCAGAAAGUUCUGGGGCCAAGUUGUAAGGUGCUGGUACUCAGGAAUCAUGGUGUGGUAGCACUUGGAGAAACAGUUGAGGAGGCUUUUCAUUAUAUUUUUAAUGUGCAGAUAGCCUGUGAGAUUCAGGUGCGGGCAUUAGCAGGGGCAGGUGGAGUAGACAACCUACUUGUGCUGGAUCUUCAGAAGUAUAAAGCUUUCACUUACAAUGUAGCAGCAUCUGGAGGAGGAGGUGUGAAUAUUGGUUCCCAGCAGAAAUGGAAGGUUGGCGAGAUUGAGUUUGAAGGGCUGAUGAGGACUCUGGACAAUUUGGGGUAUAGAACAGGCUAUGCUUAUAGGCAUCCUCUCAUUCGAGAGAAGCCCAGGCAUAAGAGUGAUGUGGAAAUCCCAGCAACGGUGACUGCUUUUUCCUUUGAAGAAGAUACAGUGCCACUCUCUCCUCUCAAAUACAUGGCACAGAGACAGCAGCGUGAAAAAACAAGAUGGCUGAACUCACCAAAUACUUACAUGAAAGUGAAUGUACCCGAGGAGUCUCGGAAUGGGGAAACCAGUCCCAGGACCAAAAUCACAUGGAUGAAAGCGGAAGACUCUUCUAAAGUUAGUGGUGGAACACCUAUCAAAAUUGAAGAUCCAAAUCAGUUUGUUCCUUUAAACACAAACCCAAACGAGGUACUAGAAAAAAGAAAUAAGAUUCGAGAACAAAACCGAUAUGACCUGAAAACAGCAGGACCUCAAUCUCAGUUGCUUGCUGGAAUUGUUGUGGAUAAGCCUCCUUCUACCAUGCACUUUGAAGAUGAUGAUCAUGGCCCACCAGCUCCUCCUAAUCCAUUUAGUCAUCUCACAGAGGUAGAACUUGAAGAGUAUAAGAAGACCAUUGAACGUAAACAGCAAGGCUUAGAAGAAAACCAUGAGCUAUUUUCCAAGAGCUUCAUCUCCAUGGAAGUGCCUGUCAUGGUAGUAAAUGGCAAGGAUGAUAUGCAUGAUGUUGAAGAUGAGCUUGCUAAUCGAGUGAGUAGGCUAACUACAAGCACGACCAUAGAAAACAUCGAGAUUACCAUUAAGUCUCCAGAAAAAAUUGAAGAAGUCCUGUCACCUGAAGGCUCACCUUCAAAAUCACCAUCCAAGAAAAAGAAGAAAUUCCGCACUCCUUCUUUUCUGAAAAAGAACAAAAAAAAGGAGAAAGUUGAAGCCUAA